CGUGAACACACCUAAUACAAGUAUUGGGGAAAAUUAUAUCAGUCAGAAAACAACAAAAAUAUUUGUUUACAAACAAUUAAAACGUUUGUUAACAAAUAAAUGUUAAUAAAUUUUAUUUAAUUAAACACUAACGACAUGUUAUGUUGUGUUUGUUUGUUGGAACAAUCAAAAACGUUGGCUGUUUUUGAUGUAACAGAUGAAAGUCUUAAUAUUGCUGAAAUUGUACAUCAGCAUCUUUGGUUCAAGCCUACUCCAAACCAUGAUAAUCCCACACAAAUCUGUAUCCAUUGUUGGGAUAAAAUCAAAGAUUUUCACGACUUUUAUCAAACAGUAGAAAAAUCCCAUAAACUAUUUGAAAAUCAGACCAAUGAUAUUAAGGAGGAAAAACCAAAUGUUAUUAAACAGGAGCAGGAUGUAUUUGAAGAGAAUUUAAUGCAAGUGGAGGUGGAAAUUGAUGUAAAUGCUAGCGGUGAACAUGGUAGGGGUGAAGUAAUCAAAGAGAAUCCCCUAGAAGCUGAACGUAUUGAUGAAGACAUUGCGUUGGAACAGGAGUCGGAAGAUGAUAGUGAAAGUUCUUUUAAUUAUGGCGAAAACUCCGAAAUAAGUGAAGGUGAUGAAAGUUCUGCUGAAGAAGAUAAGACAAAGGAUGUAAAAAGCAAGAAAGGAAAUCUUGAAAAGGAUAAUAACAUAGAAAAAGUGGCUAAAAGAAAAAAGUUUAAUAAAACGGAAAAGAAAACUGGGAACUCUUCAAGUAAAAAGAAAUGGACAGAUAAAUUUCUAGAUCCCAUACUAACGGAACAAAUGAUUAAAAAACAUAUUAAUAUGAUUUGUGAUUUAUGUGUGUUUGUGGGGGCAUCAUUUCCCGACAUGGUGAGUCAUUUUAAGAAAUACCAUCCCAAAGUAAGGCCCUAUAUUAUGUGCUGCGAUCGUAAAUUUACUAAGCGUUAUUAUGUAGCACAACAUGCUCUCAAACAUGAAGAUCCAAAUUAUUUCCGAUGUGAACAGUGCAAUAAGUCCUUUACAACCACUUGUAGUCUUAGAACACAUAAUUUAUCUUAUCAUGCACCCGAAGAAGAACUUUUACAUUCUUGCGAAUCAUGUCCAAGGAAAUUUGCUCGACGUAAUUUAUUGGAACUACAUAGACCUGUACAUAUACCCAAAGAGGAUUGGAACUUCUUUUGCACUAAAUGUCCAACACAAAAGGCAUUUGCUACGGCCUAUUUGUUAAAUAUCCAUAAUGGCAUGAAUCACAAGAAAGCAGCCAACAUUUGCCAUGUCUGCGCCAAAGAAAUAAAAGAUAAACAUGCUUUUGAAAAACAUGUACGGCUACACUUUGAAGACAGCGGUCCUCGGGUUAAAUGUCCCUAUCCCGACUGUGAUAGUUGGCUAAAAGAUGAGGAUAACUUAAAGUCACAUUUGCAAAGACAUAAUCCCGAAGGUAAAAUCUAUAAAUGUCCAGAUUGCGGUAAGCUAUGUAAAAAUCGUGGAGCUCUUACAAAUCAUAAGCGCUACAGUCACUCCAAUGAAAGAUUCCAGUGUGAACAAUGUAAGAAAACAUUUAAGAAAGCAAUAUCAUUAAGAGAGCAUAUGACCCAACAUACUGGUGAAACAUUAUACAGUUGCCCCUUCUGUACAAGAACAUUUAAUUCAAAUGCCAAUAUGCACGCUCAUAAAAAGAAACAACAUCCCAAUGAAUGGAAAGAAUUAAGAAGAAAAAAUAUUGGUCCUUUACCAAAUUAAUGAAAAAUUUGUAUUUUUCUUUUAAUAUUAAAUUAUUUUUUUUUUA